AUGGCCGACUUCUUCAACGUAAAAGCGAGGCAACAAGCCGCUGUAAAGGCCAGCUCAUCAAAAGCGCCUACCACGAAGCAAGAGCCCAAUCGCAUGCAACCAUGGCAUCACAGCCGCCCCAAAACCCUCUCCGAAGUAACAGCCCAAGACAACACGAUCCAAAUCCUGUCCCGCACCAUGCAAUCCUCCAACCUGCCGCACAUGCUCUUCUACGGCCCGCCAGGCACAGGAAAAACCUCCACAAUCCUUGCCCUUGCCAAAGAACUCUACGGCCCCGAACUCAUGAAAUCGCGCGUCCUCGAACUGAACGCCUCAGAUGAACGCGGCAUCAGCAUCGUACGCCAAAAAGUCAAGGACUUUGCGCGCCAGCAACUCAGCGUAGCGCCCACCUACAACGUCAUGACGGAAGACGCGAGCAGCGGCGAGACAAAGACAGUGCGGUACAGAGAUAAAUACCCGUGUCCGCCGUUCAAAAUCAUCGUGCUGGAUGAGGCGGAUAGUAUGACGCAGGAUGCGCAGAGUGCGCUGCGUAGGACUAUGGAAACUUACAGUCGCAUGACGAGGUUCUGUCUCGUGUGUAAUUACGUUACCCGUAUUAUCGAUCCACUCGCGUCGAGGUGUUCGAAGUUCAGGUUCAAGAGUCUGGAUCAAGGAAAUGCGGUUAAGCGCGUUGGCGAUAUCGCGAGGCUGGAGAAUGUGCAGUUGGAAGAAGGGGUUGCGGAGGAGUUAGUGCGGGUCGCAGAUGGCGAUCUGAGAAAGGCGAUUACGUUUUUGCAAUCCGCGGCGAGGCUCGUGGGGGCUGUCGUCCAGGCUCAGGGUGCGGGAGGCAAAAAGAAGAAGAAGGUCGUUGCUGAGGAGGACGAGAUGGAUAUCGAUUCUGCGGCGACGCCAGCUCAGACACCUGCUGUUUCCCUCCCUAUCAUCGCUGAGAUCGCGGGUGUGCUACCGCCAGCUACACUAUCCUCCUUCAGCGACUCCCUCUUCCCCAAGUCCUCGGCUACCAAGUCGAUACGCUACAACGAGAUUGCCAAGGUAGUGGAGAACAUGAUUGCAGAGGGGUGGAGUGCGUCGCAGACUGUGGGUCAGUUGUAUGAACAGAUCAUGUAUGAUGAGAGGGUUGAGGAUGUCAAGAAGGUUAGGCUGGCGGGUGUGUUCAGUGAGACGGAUAAGAGGCUUGUGGAUGGUGGGGAUGAACAUCUUGCUGUGUUGGAUUUGGGGGUUAGAGUUGCGGGGGUGCUUUGUCUCUGA